AGACCGGAAAUGAGGUCAGAGAGGGAAGCCCCGGCGGUGAGAGUCGGCCCAAAAAGCGGCGGCCGUUGGAGGUGGCUGCGGCAGCUGAUGUGGCCUCAUGGAUGAGCUGGUACACGACUUAGCCUCAGCCUUGGAGCAGACAUCUGAGCAGAAUAAGCUUGGUGAACUGUGGGAGGAGAUGGCGCUGAGCCCCCGACAGCAGAGGCGGCAGCUUCGGAAACGCCGAGGUCGGAAGCGUCGUUCUGACUUCACUCACCUGGCAGAGCAUACCUGCUGCUACAGCGAGGCCUCUGAGUCAAGUCUGGAUGAGGCCACUAAGGACUGUCGAGAAGUGGCUCCGGUGACCAAUUUUAGUGACUCUGAUGACACAAUGGUAGCCAAAAGACACCCAGCUCUCAAUGCCAUUGUCAAGAGUAAGCAACAUUCUUGGCAUGAAUCUGACUCCUUUACUGAAAAUGCACCUUGUCGACCACUCAGGCGCAGGCGGAAGGUGAAGCGAGUGACAUCAGAGGUGGCUGCUAGCCUUCAGCAGAAGCUGAAGGUGUCAGAUUGGAGCUAUGAGAGAGGCUGCAGGUUCAAGUCUGCUAAGAAGCAGCGUCUGUCCCGCUGGAAGGAGAAUACUCCCUGGACCUCAUCAGGCCACGGAUUGUGUGAAUCAGCAGAAAAUAGGACUUUCCUAAGCAAAACAGGAAGGAAAGAAAGGAUGGAGUGUGAAACAGAUGAACAAAAACAGGGCUCUGAUGAGAACAUGUCAGAAUGUGAAACCAGCAGUGUGUGUAGCAGCAGUGACACUGGGCUCUUUACCAAUGAUGAAGGGCGACAAGGUGAUGACGAACAGAGUGAUUGGUUCUAUGAAGGAGAAUGUGUCCCAGGAUUCACUGUCCCUAAUCUUCUGCCCAAGUGGGCUCCUGAUCAUUGUUCUGAAGUAGAAAGAAUGGAUUCUGGAUUGGAUAAAUUUUCAGAUUCCACAUUCCUUUUACCUUCUCGGCCAGCUCAAAGAGGGUACCAUACUCGCUUGAAUCGUCUACCUGGAGCUGCAGCUCGAUGCCUCAGAAAGGGGCGAAGAAGGCUGGUUGGGAAGGAGACCAGCAUAAACACUUUGGGGACUGAGAGGAUAAGCCAUAUCAUUAGUGACCCUCGGCAGAAAGAUUUCUGGUUACCAUCAGCUGGGAAAAGAGAACGAAAUCAGGUAAGAUCAUUUUUCUUUGUCAUCUUUAUUUUAUCAUUUGGUUUCCUUUUCUUUAGAAAGAAUAAAGCGUUGGCUUCUGAUUUUCCUCACAUUUCUGCUUGUGCACAUGAGUUCAAUCCCCUGUCUCCCCUUUACUCCCUGGAUGUUCUUGCCGAUGCUUCUCACCGAAGGUGUUCACCAGCACACUGCUCUGCCAGACAGGCAAAUGUACACUGGGGACCACCAUGUUCACGUGACAUCAAGAGGAAGCGGAAACCAGUGGCCACAGCAUCUUUGUCUAGCCCCAGUGCAGUUCACAUGGAUGCAGUGGAGCCAACCACACCAGCAUCACAAGCCCCCAAAUCACCCAGCUCUGAGUGGUUGGUGAGGACCUCUGCAGCAGAGAAAGCCACAGACGCAACUACUGCUACAUUUUUUAAAAUGCCACAAGAAAAGAGCCCUGGAUACAGCUAGAGAGCAGGACUUCACCCUCCAGGAGCUGACUGGGUGUUGCUGAAGCAAAUGUUGGACUUUGUGUUAGAUAGUCUCGCAUAUCUUAAUCGACAUUCCCAGUCCUUUCACCACCAGAACCAACUCCUCUUUCAAACACAGCAGUGGAUUCUUUCUCUCAGAAGAUCAUGUUGUGGGAAUCUUUUUUUUAAAUAGUGAAAUAUUGAGGCAGCAAUUUUUUACAAAAAGGUCAUCCUCUGCUCUAUUUGUUACCUUGUUAUUGCUGUCUCAACAUUUACUACAGCUCCAUUUACAGAGCUGUUGCUUUUUUGCAGUUGUCUUUGUUCUUGAAAAACCAGUAACUGCUUCUGCAUACCUUUUGUGUAGAGCUUUUAAUAUCAUUUGAGGAAGUUCCAAAUUUGUAGCCAGUUCCAAACAAAUUUAAAUAUUGAGUAAAGGCCUGUAUGGAAUUGUGUUCGCAGGAGAUAAGGCUUGCCUUUGAGCCUACUCUUGAUUCAUGCAGAGUGCCAAUAAGAUAAAUCAACCAAGUUUUGGGGCCUCAAAAGAGACACCAGCAACUGGGCCUUGAGAACUUCCAUUUUUUUGCAGAUUGUCUGCAGAAACUCAGACAGCUCAUCAGCAGCAGCAGCUGUAUUGUAUUUUACCUCAUCUUCAGAGUUUAUGUUCUACUGAAAGAGGACGUGUGUAUAUACACACACACACAGAUUGGUAUAAUGGAGAAGAUGGUUUAGGUGUACAGCAAAUUUAAAAUAGUCAGUGGAUUGUGUCUUACUACUUCAUGUCCCAGUGUAAGCCUUUAUGUCCUAAGCAGGACUUUAUUGUUAGUAUUAUAGGUUAAUAACCUGCAGCAGAAAUUCAUACUCUAUUAUAAUAAUGGCUUCUUGGGGCCAUGCUUUGGGGAAGUAAAAUGUCUUUUUGACAUGCCUUUAUACUUGGCGUGUUUAUGAUGGCUCAGCUGCAUGUGGAGUUAUAUAUACAGUCGUGCCUGAAGUUGGAUGCUACUUUGUCAAAAUGAGAAAUAAGUGAUGGCCUGGAGCUGCUGGAGAGAAGCCACGCUUUCUAGAAAAUAUUAUCAGGAGUGUCUGUCAUUCAUUCAGGGGCCUGGCUGACAGAAGGGCUCUUCUUUUUAUACCAAUGAGUGCGUUUACUCUGAAAUACAUAGAAGCUCUUGGUGAAGUGCUCCCUGCUCUGGUCACAUUGUAGAGGGACUCCCACUCAUGCAUCUGCUUAUUUUCUGUCUUAAAUAGGUGCUGAAUGGGGCAGCACCUCCUUCCCCCAAAGUGCGAUUGCCCCUGUUUCCCAUACGAAGUGUAAUGAUGGGUUGCUUUUAAAAUUAUAGUCCUUAUCAAUGGAAACUCCAGAGUUCUUUAUCAAAGGGAGGUGGGUGGGCAUGAAUCUAGUUGGAAAAGGGGACUUGAAGCUAAGUUUACAUGGCACUUUAAGACUGAGAACAUGUCAAUUGUUCAUAAUCAGGAAUAUGGUAGAGGGAGAGCAGGUGUAGAUGAUGGGAUGGGAAAGUGCUGAAACCAGCCCAGCAGACCUGUGAGUCGCCUCUGGUUCUCACGCAGCAGUGUGUGUGUGCUCACAGGGAUGUUCCACCCCUGGUUCUCAUGCAGUAGUGUGGGAGAGUGCUGAAGCCGGCCCAGCAUGCCUCUUAGUUGCCUCUGGUUCUCAUGCAGCAGUGUGUGUGCUUACAGGGAUGGAGAUGAUGGGAUGGGAGAGUGCUGAAGCUGGCCCAGCAUGCCUCUGAGUCACCCCUGGCUCUCAUGCAGCAGUGUGUGUGCUUACAGGGACUUCCCAGGCUGCACUUCCCUUCCCUGUGGGCUGCACCCAUAGAAGUAUAGAAAAUGUAAUGUCUGUUGAAUAUAAAAUCGUACCACUGAAUUGUUUUAGUGAUGAGGUUAGAUUUUGUUGUCAUGUGCAUUGUCACCAUAGUGACCCGUGGCAUAUAUUUUUAACAUACUUGGUUGGGUUUGAGAGAAAUCUGUGGACGUAAUUUUUUGUUUGUGUCAAGCUCUAUGACUCAUGCAGUGAUUGGUCCCAUGAUCAUGGCCUAUUAGUGAAAACCUCCAAAGGUCAGGUGGCCAAGGUGUUCCCACAUUUUUUCUAUAUAACUUGUUUCCUAAUAGUCCGCCUUUCUACCUAUGAUUAAAAAUAAUUUUUAUAUACAACAUUAUUUACAUUUCAAACAUCUCUACGAAGUCAUGCCAUUUUAAGGAGAUGAAAACAGCCACAGAGUUGAGUGACUUGCUCCAAAUCACAUAACUAAGCCAGGACUAGAAUCCCAGACUUUCAGAUUUUCUCUGCCCUGGGUUAUAAUCUCUUGUUUUUCAGUGAUAGACCUGAGUCAGUCUGAGAUGCUUAUUUAUGAAACAGUAUACCAUGAAUAUUUAUUAUCUUUCUUGGGCAUGCUUUUCUACACAUUUUGAAUACUUUCAACAGGGAUUACCCAAGAAUGCAACAUCUACCUGUAAUAAAUGGGGAGAAAAUUAGUUGCCUGAGAGGAUAGAAUAUUAAGCACACAAAUACUUUCCAACACAGGGUUGUAAAUUGUGCUCCUCAUUUUAAGGUGCUGUACGUGCAUGUUUAAGGAAUUAUUAAUCAGUGUAGUCUGCUUGCUUUCUGUAUUAACCAGUUCCAGAGGAUAGCCUUAGAAAUGAGUGUAUUUUGAAUCUUAAAGUUUCUUUAUAUGCGGCACAGUGUAUAAUGUCGUAAGUUAAGAAAAAUCUGUUAUCUUUCAAAGAAGUUACAUAGUUUCAAAAAUGAGGUUUUGUAAUCAGUGUUGAAAAAACUCUGAACUAUGACUUACUUUGAGGAUGAUCCUUGAGCUCACGUAUUUGAUCUGCUCAAAAGUAAUAACUAAAGCUGAGUUAAACAGUUGUUAUUUAUUUCAGGGUUCUGAUUUUUCCCAGCUGGCUACACAAAUGGCCUGUCUGAAUCCUAGUUUUGUGUGUUUUCCACGAUGGGCAGAAGUCAGAACAUUAUCUGCUUCUGUGAGGAUCAUUAAUAAAAAGUUAGUUUUAAUUCUGAGUUUAAGGGAAUUUUAGAUUAUUUUUCAGAUGCAGUAUUUUAAAGGAACAAAACUCUUGUGUUGCCUUUUGUUGUUGUUGUUGUUGUUUCCUAGAGACAGGUUCUUGAUCUGUCACUCAGGCUAGAGUGCAGUGAUGUGUUCAUAGCUCACUGUAACCUUGAACUCAUAAGCUCAAGCCAUCCUCCUGCCUCAGCCUCCUGAGUUGUGAGGACUAUGGAAGUGUGCCACCACGCCUGGCUAAUUUUUUAAGUUUUUGGAGAGAUGGGGUCUUGCUCUGUUGCCUAUGCUGGUCUUGAACUCCUAACCUCAAGCAAUCUUCUUGCCUCAGCCUCCCCAGGUGUUGUAAUAAUAGGUGCGAGCCACCAUGCCCAGCCUUGUGUUGCCUCUUGGUAAGAAAUAAUAAAAAGAAAUUAGUAGCUUGUUUACCUGGUACCAGAUUUGGAGGGGGCUGAGUAUAAUUUUUACUGAGUGGUAUGUGGUUGGAAAAUAGGCCACAUUUAGCCUUGAAUUGUUUAGAAAUCAAAUGCGAUUCAGAAUUGAAGAGGACAUUGCUGGGCUAUGAAAUAGGCUACUAACAAGGCUAUUUUUGUAGCAAAAUGGCCAAAAGCUGAAAUAAAUCUUCUUAGUCUGUGAUGCUUGUAGCAUCCUUUGUUAAGUAAAGCACAACACCCUGGACAAGCGACUAGUUAUGACUUCCAAAUAGAUUGAUAAUAGCCUUGCAUUUUGGAGUUAGAGACACUGUAGCUGUAUCUGUAUACCUGUAAUAUAGCCUGGGAAGUUCUGUUGCUGCAGAGUUAUCAUUAAAGUCACUUGGAAUUGAAAAAGAUACAGAGUGUUGAGACAAAGGAACUAGGCUGGAACAGUCAUUGCUGAUGCGAUGGGUUCUCCACUUUGGCUCCAGGCGAAGGCUCCUGGUGGUGAUGCAUGAUUGAUUUCAGGUCUUUGUUUCAUUUUGGCUUCAUUACUGUGGUUCUGAGCCACACAGGUUUUUCCCCCUGGGGAGAAGACUAUGUAAAAAUCUCAGCGUUAGAAGCUGUAUUCAGUGCCCUAUAUGUCUUGUGAACCUAUCUGAGCUGGGUGGAGAGCAGAGUGGCUUACUGUAGCAGCUGUGGAUGCAGUCUAGUUGGAGGCAUGGCUUGGAGGAUGUCAUGGUUCAUGCGAUGGUUGGAGGGAUGGUAAAAGCAGUUAGCUCUUGUCAGCUGCUUCCCUCUGCUAGUGCUUGAGCUGCCAAUUUUAUUUGUCAGUAUUUCCUGAUCUCCCACUCCUGUUGUGAAAGGUCACAGAGUUACUGUCACUGGCAACAAUUUCGCCCCUUAGAAGAAAACUGGUACAGAGGGAAAGGGUGAGGAAAAUGGUGAGUUCCAUCACUCAGAACUAAAUGCAAGUGGCGGAGAGAUGCUUUCUCCUGUGUUAACGUCUCCAAAAGAUGAACAUCAAAUGCCCGGAAACAGCAACAUCAAAAAGAAGGAAGAUGAGAAGUAUUGUUGAAGAGUAUGGACUACAGGGUUUUUAACAAGUCCAGCAAAACAAACUAUGGCCAAAAGAAGAAAUUUUUCUGUCACUGCGAGUAAACAUCAUAAAUGCUUGGUAAAAUUGCCAGAUUUAGGGAAUAAAAAAAUUUUAAAGUACAGUGUUGAAGAAUGGGGCAUGUCCUGAAGACAUUCAGCAAAGAAGCAAUCUUGGCAAGGUGGAGAAGUGGGAAGCAAUGGGGAGAGAAAGGGAGAUGCCCAGAGCAGGAAUUCUCAAUGUAUGGUCCCUAGGCCAACAGCAUCAGCACAUCUUGCCCUCACCAGACCUACUGAAUCCGAAACUCCCAGCGCAAGGCCCAGCAGUCUUCAACAAGCCCUCCAGGGAGCUUUGGUGCAUGCUCAAGUUUGAGAACCAUAGGCUUUGCCACAGUUAAAAAGAUGUUUUAAUGGACUGGUCUCCUCCUAAGCUCUGAGGUGCUCUCAUAUUCCCUCCAUAAGUAAAGAGAUUUUUUUUGUAUAA